AUGACCGAAACAACUUCCGGCGAGAUGCAACAGGGGAAGGAUAUACCGGCAGCGUCGACGCUGCGUGAAGAGUCUCCUCGUGGUCGAGCUGUCAGCGGCACCUCUCCGGCAGAGGGCCUGGCACCAGGAUCGCUCCCGAGACACAUAACUACAGCCCGACUGGCCUCUCCUAUCCCUUCGUCGUCAUACACAGACACAGGAGACCUGCAGCUGAGGCGUGUACCUACUCCUCGACAAGCUGCUCCGUCUGAUAUCGCUACUGACUUCAAAUCGUCAUCCGUUGUGCCAUCUUCGCUCGAGACUGCUCGUCCAUCUGCGUUGACAAGCGCUCUACAGGACGAUAAUGGCUCCAGUGGGGCCAAUACGACUUCCUCCAAUGGUGCACCCAUAGAAGAUCCUGAAGUCGUUAAACGACAUCUGGUGCGACCACCAGCCGAGUCAGCCGACUCCACUGAGACAAAUGGCAAAAAGGCCGAGUCCACGAAAUCAGGUGGAAGCGGAGUCAAAGACGGAGAGGAGUUUUCCAGCUUACAACUUCAGGGCGGUGAUAUCACUCGACCGAUCUAUAGAUGGGCCGAAGCAGAGGCCCAAGGACAACAAGGCCCCAAGAGACGAAAGAGCUUCGAUCUCGCAAGGCCGGAACCGGAAACUGAAACUUUGGAUAUCAACACAAUCAGAGUUCCUGGUGGCUUCCGCCGAGACUUCAUACGCCGAACCGGAGGAGAGCAGAACACUCUCACCGCCCCCGCAGAUCCCGAACAGGCGCUCGCCCAGCCCAAGUUAGCAACCAACAGCUUUUUGGAGUUCUUGACCUUGUUCGGUCAUUUCGCUGGUGAGGAGCUUCAGGAAGAUGACGAAGUCUUGGGUCCCGGCGAGUUCUUUACACGGAAGCCUGGUCCUGGAGAAGAAGAGCCCUCAGAGGAGACAUCUCUGCUUCGUCCAGGAAGCGCUGGAGGCCGUGUGCCUAAGGAACGAGCUGCCAAAGCUACAAACACUUCUAUGGGUGCCAUUCUCCUCUUGUUGAAAUCGUUCGUCGGAACUGGUGUCCUCUUCCUUCCAAGAGCUUUCUUAAAUGGCGGAAUGCUAUUCAGUUCCAUCGUACUAGUAGCUAUUUCAGCCCUAAGCUAUUUCUGUUUCAUUCUUCUUGUCAACACCCGGAAUAAGAUCAAUGGCUCCUUCGGUGAUAUGGGAGGAAUUCUAUAUGGAGAUAAGAUGAGGAAAAUCAUCUUAUUCUCCGUUGCUCUCAGCCAGCUUGGCUUCGUUGCCGCCUAUAUCGUCUUUGUCUCGCAAAAUCUCCAAGCCUUCAUAGUGUCUGUCAGCAACUGUGAGGCGUUUUUGAGCAUCCAAUACGUAAUUCUGAUGCAGCUCGUCAUCUUCCUGCCUCUCUCCCUUGUUCGUGACAUUUCAAAACUCGCCUUCACAGCCCUAAUUGCGGAUGUGUUUAUCUUACUUGGUUUGAUCUACCUGUACGGAUUUGGAAUCAGCACCAUCAUGGAAAAGGGCGUUGCCGACAUCCAGCCAUUCAACCCCAAAUCAUAUACCCUGCUUAUCGGGACUGCUAUCUUCACCUUUGAAGGAAUUGGCCUCAUUAUCCCUAUCCAGGAAUCCAUGAAACGUCCCGAGAAGUUCCCCGCUGCACUAGGCCUGGUCAUGGUCAUCAUUACUGUAAUCUUUCUUUCCAUGGGAGUUGUUGGCUACGCUACCUUUGGCUCCAAGACUGAGACCGUUGUUAUCCUCAAUCUUCCACAGCAGGAUAACUUCGUCAGGUCAAUUCAGUUCCUAUAUGCUGCUGCUAUCCUAUUGAGCACUCCCCUUCAGCUUUUCCCCGCGAUCAGAAUUUUGGAGAACGGCCUCUUUACCCGUAGCGGCAAAUACAACCCUGGGAUCAAAUGGAAGAAGAACAUUUUCCGCUUCUUCCUUGUCUUGGUAUGUGCCGCCAUUGCCUGGGGUGGAGCUGGAGACUUGGACAAGUUUGUCUCCCUCAUCGGCAGCUUCGCAUGUGUGCCACUCGUCUUCGUCUAUCCGCCAUUGCUUCACUACAAGGGCGUCGCAAUCACCUAUCUACAGAAGACUCUAGACAUCUGCCUUAUCAUCUUUGGACUACUAUGCUGCGUUUAUACUACCGCUUUAGCCAUCUCCAACUGGGGAGAUGGCGGUGGUGGUGCCAAACUCCCCGGAUUCUGCAACAAAUAG